UGAUCUUCCGAUAUUCGACUUUGUCGCCCUCUACCGCUUGAAAAAUGUAAACACGAAAAAAUGUGUUCUUGACAUUUUUAGUCUAAAAUCAGGGAUGUCUUCCCAGGACAUCAUGAAAUGUGCUAUUUUUCUUUUGUUUCAGAGUCUGGUAACAUAUGACGUCGUAGUUGCGAAUGACUGCUCAAGACAUCAAUCCCGAAUAGCAAGGAAGAAUCUUGAAAAAAAUUUCUUCCCAAAGUUUCAGAAUCAUGCCUAUGUAAUUCCUGAUAAUUGUGCAUGGAAUCCAGCAAAAGAUAUUUAUCUGAACCAAGAACAGAAUAAGGAAGUGGAUGAACUAGGACGUGCGGUCUGCAAUUUUUGUGGGAAGAUAUUUGUAUCUGAGUACCAUAUUGACUUACACAUGACAAACAGACAUCAGCAGCAUAUUUUAAAGGAUGGUAAGGAAGCGUGUUUAGCCGAUUACUGUGACAUCCUUCGUUGUGACAUUUUAUCAGGUGACAAAAGGACAGGUUACUGGGAUGAAGCCUUGUGCAAUGAAGCACAAUUGAAACAGCUCAGAGAUUCUUGUGAGAAACAUGUGAGGAGCUGUGUUCCUGACCACCUAGAAGAAGACAAAAAGAUAGAUUUUAUUGCUGAGCUUAUAGAUAGCACUUGUUCUGCCUUGACUUGUGACAAAUUCUACGAAUCUGGCUUAGAUAAGGAGUCUGUUUAUAGCAGCACUGUGUAUAUUAUUUUAUUUGUUGUGCUUGGAACUGGUUUGGUGCUUUAUUACACAGUAGCAAUUAUUCAUUUCUUCACUGACGAUUCCUUUAUCAAGGAGACUGAUGAGUAUUCUGGUAAUUAUUCCCAAAGGAAAUAUACUGCUCCCGUAGGAUCUGAAAUACGCAAUAGAUACCCGGCAAUGGCAGCUCACAGGUGACAAGAAAAUGACGGAUCUCUGGAGAAUUAAAUUAUUAAUUUAUUAAGUAUCAUAUGGAAAGUAUUAGGAACUAGAGCAGUGCAAUCACUCCAUAGAGUGUAUACCUUAGCCCUGUGCCUGAAUACCGAACAAUACACAGGCCGUGUAUGGUGGGCAAUUUUUUAUUUCCCACCCUGUGCCUGAAUACUGUACUGAAUAAUACACAGGCUGAGUAUGAUGGGCAGUUCCAUUAUUUUCCACCCUAUGCCUGAAUACCAAACAAUACACAGGCCAUGUAUGAUGGGUGAUUCCAUUAUUAUCCGCCCUGUGCCUGAAUACCAAACAAUGCACAGGCAAUGUUUGAUCAGCAAUACAUUAUAUUCUUUUAUGCUCCAGGUAAAAAAUCGAAUUUCCUUUAGCUUGUUUUUUUUUUACCUUUUCUUCCCAAAAGUAUGUACCAUUCCACUAAAUUUUAUGAUGUUGCAUUCCUCAGUUUUUGCGUAAUGUUGCUAACAGAUAUACAGACAAACAGAGGUGAAUACAUAACCUCCUUGGUGGAGGGAACUGCAUUACUUACACAAUAAAAUACAUAAUAAUUUUUGAAGAUAACUCUAAAAUAUUAAAUAGGCUUAGCAGAAUGGUCAGUUAUUAGGUCGAUUAGGAGGAACAGUAAAUUUACAAAGGUUUUCAGAUCACACUAAGAUGUAGAAUUAUUUUCAUUGUACAGUAUGUCAUAUUUUGGUUUUUAAAAAUGCAAUGGUUCGUAGGAUGCUAUGGACGUUUUUAGUAUGUACUGUAUUUUGUUUAUGAUUUGUUGUUGAAGUUCAAUUAAACUUUUUUUCUUUUAUACUAUAA